UUAAAAAAUCGUACCUAUUUAUUAUAAGUUCUCAUAUCUAAACAUACAUUAUGACCCCUUAAUCUAGGAUUAUUGAAACAGGAACCACACAUUACUACAGGAAGUUCGUAGGUGAUUAAAAGCAGUUUAAUAAAUAUUAAAUGUGCUCAUACUAAAAGAUUUCUACAAUUAACACGUAAAAACUGGGCACUUUUUUAUCCUGCAAUGUAAUUUUAUCAUUUUGGUUAAAUUUUACAUGAACACAAAAAAGAAUCUACCAACAACUAGAACAACUCAUGUGAAGAAACCUGAAUAAGAAAGUUUGCACUGUGGAGAAAAUUAAUUAUGACGAAACUUCGUAUUUUAUACCAGGAGAAAAUAUCAUAGUAUUUGAACCAAAAUACAAUGCGUCAGAAAAAGACAAUCGUACCUCUAUGUAUUGGAAUAUUUGGAUUUUUGCUCUUUGUGGUCAGUGGCAUAAUUUACUGCCAGACAUUUAAACCUAGUAACAACAAUGAAGCAUUGGAUAGACACAUUAGGUUCAAGAGAGAUGUUAAUAAUGUAAAUUCAUCUGAAAUUCUGAAAAUCAGAAAUAUUCAGCAAAAUUUUUCUGGGAAUUAUUCAACUAAUGCAAGUCACUUUUCCACAACUGAAGGUAAAAACGAAGACAUUUUGAAUGCUAAAUCUUCAAAUGAACCUAUUGCUGAACCAGAAACUACACCUGAGUCUUCAGCACAAUCUGUAAAUAACAAUGAAACUGUGUUGUAUAUAAAUAGUACAACUGAACCUAAGUCAGAACCAGAAACUACAUCUGAACCUAAGUCAGAACCAGAAACUACAUCUGAACCUAAGUCAGAACCAGAAACUACAUCUGAACCUGAAUCAGAACCAGAAACCACUUCUGAACCUAAGUCAGAACCAGAAACUACAUCUGAACCUAAGUCAGAACCAGAAACUACAUCUGAGCCUCAAUCAGAACCAGAAACUACAUCUGAACCUAAGUCAGAACCAGAAACAACUUCUGAACCUAAAUCAGAACCAGAAACAACAUCUGAACCUAAGUCAGAACCAGAAACAACAUCUGAACCUAAGUCAGAACCAGAAACUACAUCUGAACCUAAAUCAGAACCAGAAACCACUUCUGAACCUGAAUCAGAACCAGCAACCACUUCUGAACCUAAGUCAGAACCAGAAACUACAUCUGAACCUAAAUCAGAACCAGAAACCACUUCUGAACCUGAAUCAGAACCAGAAAUCACUUCUGAACCUAAAUCAGAACCAGAAACGACGUCUGAACCUAAAUCAGAACCAGAAACAACUUCUGAACCUAAGUCAGAACCAGAAACCACUUCUGAACCUAAGUCAGAACCAGAAACAACAUCUGAACCUGAAUCAGAACCAGAAACAACAUCUGUACCUGAAUCAGAACCAGAAACCACUUCUGAACCUAAGUCAGAACCAGAAACAACAUCUGAACCCGAAUCAGAACCAGAAACAACAUCUGAACCUGAAUCAGAACCAGAAACAACUUCUGAACCUGAAUCUGAACCAGAAACUACUUCUGAACCUGAAUCAGAACCAGAAACUACAUCUGAACCAGAACCUGAAACUGAACCUGAAUCUGAAUCUUUUCCUGAACCUGUUCCACAAUGGGACAUAGCUAUGAAGGAAUACAAGUGGGGUUGGGACUUUCUUGUUUACUUAUUUGGUGUAAUAUUCUUACUUCUUGGAUUAUACAGUGUUUAUAAUAUUAUACGAUUGUGGCGUAUUGAACAUUUACUCAGUAGGAAUUAUUUUGUGACAUUGAAUGUUUUAGUCACACUUCAGUGCUUGCUGAGAGGACUGUACCUUGUGAUAGAUGCUCACAACAGGAAUGGAACAUUUCCCAUGAUUGUGAACUAUUUUCUUUACAGUACUGCAUAUCCAUGCUUGACAUCUGCUUUUAGUAUUUUAUUCUAUGCCCUGUUGCUGGCAACACGGGUUCAAGUGGUCUCUACAAGAAUACAGAAACUUUCGUUACUUAUUGGAAUUAUAACAUUUCAUUUCGCGCUGUCCAUCACUACAUCUGUCAUAGUUGGAUUAUUCUUCAGUGCUCAAGUAUUGCUGUUAGUAUGUCAAUUUUUCUAUGUCAUUUGGGGCACUGUUUUAUUCAUAGGAUAUUUUCAUAUAUUCAACAAAUUAAGAUUAGCAGCUAUGUUUCGAAAUAAAAAUUCUGCAAGUAUAUACAAAGCAAGUUUUGCAAGUAAAGAUGGCAAAACUAGUGGCAGAUCUAUGAAGAAGAAAAGUAAAAAUAGAUACACUUUAAAUACAUCUGUGAAAAUAACAUUUGCUGCUGCAGUUUUUGGAUUACUUUGUGUAAUGUUAGAAGUGUACGGAAUAUUCGGCGUUUAUAGACUUUAUAUUGAUAGCCACAUUCCAGAGCCAUGGCCAUUCUUUUCUUAUCAGUUUUUGUUACGAUUUGUAGAAUUUUUGAUGUGUUGCCUCAUGGUAUAUGUUGCAUCACAACCAAUCAUGAUUCGUAGAAGAAGCUCAAAUAAAACAUUUUCUACUGUUACUGGAAUGUUCAAACGUUUAUUUUGUGUUCCUCAGGAAGAAAAGUUAAUUGACUCAGAACCUAGUUCUGCAGCAAACUCUCAUGCUUUAGUGCGUAGCGAUGAUUUUGACAAAAAGCAUACUGUAGUUAAUUUUGAUAUCAAAAGUGAAGAAAAACAUUGUCCUAUGAAAAAAGAGCAAUCUCAUCUAGUAAUAAGGGAUGGUGUUGUUCGAUUUAAAGCUGAAGAUGAUAGUGUGACUGGUUCUGAAGUUGGAACCAGUUUACCAGAUUUAAUACAUGGUACUAUGAUAAAUGAAAAACGUAAUUCUGUUUCUAGUGAUACGGGUAUUUCUAACAAAGGAUAUAAAGAGAAUGCCGUAGAAAGUGCACAAAAACUUCAUCGAUGUGAUACUGAACCGUCAGAAAAUUUCAAACGCAGCAUUGACUUUGAAAAAAUGAGUGUUGGUACUUUUGGUACUGAUAUAACAAGACCAUUAUCCUCUAUAAAUUUGACUCACAGUUUAGAGUGGGAGUUUGAACAGGCAUAUGAAAGAAGCUUUAUACAUAAUUCAGGAUCUACAAGAAGCUUGCCAAGUGAUCUCUCAGCAUGUAGUUCAGGAAAUUGUAACAGUUUACUUUUAAAAGAGGUUUCACCUCUUCAGAACAGAAGUAAUUCAAUGUUUUCAUAUGAAGAAUCAGAGGCAGCCAUUUAUAAUGAUUCUUCAUCCAAAAAGCCUUUAAUCAAAAAGUCAAAUGAAUCUUCAACAGACAGAAAUAUUGAUGAUGAUACUAAAUUAUGAUUUAUAUUUUAUAGUAGAUAAUCAAUUCAAAUGUGUUCAUAUUUGUUACAUAACUUGUAUAAGGCCUUAUAUGAUUUUUGUGACAACUCUCAGUGUUCAUCUUUUGUCUUUUUUUUCUCAUAUUUUUUCACUUGCAUCAUAAAAGACAAUCAUUCAUCUAUGAUUUUGUAGAAAAUUAAAACUUGAUAUGGCAAAAAUGUUCUUUUAUUAUUCAAUUAAAGAUAAACCAGUAAACAUGGUGCUAGAACUCUUUUCUCUUGUAUAUUAAAACAGAUUUUUUUUAAAUCUUAAUUUCUAUACUUUAAGCAUUGAUUCUUCAAGAUUUUUUUUUUGUUCAGUUGAUAAAAUUUCUAUACAUCUGCUUUGAAAGAAUAAGUAGACAAUGUUAAUAUUUAAUUUUGUGUGUGCCUAUUAUUGAUUGUACAUUUACUGAUUAUACAUUUUUCAGUUUAACAGAAAUAAGAGUAUUAUUUUUUUCUCAAAAUCAUAUUGGUGCCACAAUUGUUAUUUGCUUAAGUACAAAAAUAAAUAAAAGAAAUUGGAGAAUUGUCUCCCUUUCGUACUGAUGAAAAUAUAUGGAAGAUUUAUCUCCCUUUAGUAAGAAUUUUAAAAAUAAUGAAUGAUUAUCCCACCUCAUCUGAUCAAAUGCUUAUUCUACAUAUAAGCAUGUCAGGAAUUAUAUAUAUUAUUUAGAUUUGAUAAGAUAAUGCAAAUAAGAUAUAGUUUUCAAAUAUUGUAAUUCAAUUGCAUGUAUUAUAUAAAAUUGUAUUUAAUUAUUGAACUGAUCCACAGAAAACAUGCAAGUAUCUCAGAAUGCCAUUUCAAAUAUAUAUACUAGUCAACGUAUAUUUUUUGUUUAUUGCAAUCGUUACAUUAGUGAAAACUAAGGUUAAGUGAAUUUAAUUUGAAGUGACCAGCAAUCCUGGAUGCUGCAAAAAUAGUAUUGACAAUUGUUUUGUAAAAUUUGUACAAAAUGUAUUUUGUAAAAUUUAGACUACUUCAUUUUUUGACAAAUGGUAUGCACACAAACAAAUAGAAAGACAUCUAUAGAUCAAGGUGCAGACUUCAACAAUGGUGUCAAUCACACAAUGUAAUAUGUCAUGUUUGUUGUGUGAACCCUAUUUUCCCUUUUCUAUUCAAAAACAAAAUUUCAGCAGCAAUCUUUUAAUGACCAGUCUUAGGUUCACAUUUUGCUUUGCUUUUUUUUAAAAGCAACUAGUUUUUGACUUUUUCAGUGUAUUUACAUGUAUAUAUAUGUGUUCAAAUAUACUGUUGAUUCAUAUCUUUUAUGAGGUACAUAUUUUUACUAGGUUUUUCUUGGGUAAGGAUGAAACACAAUUUCAAGCAAUUAAUAGAUAAGUUUUAAAAAAAUGUUAAAAGAACGAAAAUAAGUUAUCAACAAAAAUUUAAUUUUCCUCAAUUGACAAAAAUGCUACCUACAAAACAUUAAUCCACAAAAAGGUAGCUAUGCCAGUAAAUCUAAUGAAUUUAUAUUCAUGGUUGUAGUUCAUCUACCAUGUUAACUACAGGGCCUGAAGUUGUAGUGAAAGUUAGGUAAAAAUGUACUUGAGUAAAGUUGAGAUUCACAAAUGUUUACCUUAACUUAUUGAGUUCAUAUAUGUGUAUAUUGUUUUAAAGUUUUGUACACAAUCUAUUUGUAAUCCAUAAAUUUUCUUAUUUAAGUUUUAUAUUACAAAUAUAUUUUUUGGUUGCUUCAUGAGCUUUAUCUUUAUUUCUAUUGCCCUAUAUCAUAUUUUUCUUCUCCUGACAGUUAUUUUAGUAAUUUUAAAUAUUCAAAUAUGAAAAUUUAACAAUCUAGUGAGGUGAAAUAUGGUAUCACAUUUGUUCAGUGAUAGGACCUAUAAGUACUUGUCAGUUUUUUAUAGAAAAAAGCAAAUAAUAUUUAAUGAUGAAGUCUGUAUUUUGUGUGCACAAAAAUCUUUUAUUUUUAUACUUCCUAGUUCAGUGUUUUAGAGACAGACUUUUUAAGGACUUUUCUAUUAAAAUUAAAUUACUAUAACAGUUCAGAAAUGCAUGCAAUGUCAUCAUGGUCAUACUACUGCUAAUAGGCCUCUUAAAAAUCAAAACUGACUUAACAACUUUUGAUCGUGUUGAUAGCAUUAUUUGUAUAUAUUUUGACAUCACUAUAGUUUUAUUUCACACUUUUUUAUUUUUCAAUGAUGCAAUGAUCAAUUUGUGCAAAUGUUUCUGAAUUUAUGAUAAGAAUUUUACCACAAAGAUUUUGAUAAAUCCAUGAUUUUUUUAGCAUUCACUGAUACAAGGCUAAUUUGGCCUUUUGUUUUAUUUCCUUAUUACUAUUUAUUUGGUGCUGAUAUUUAAGUUUAUAUUUUUAUUAUUGUUUACAUGAAAUAAAACUGUAUGAAGAAUAA